AUGACGCCAGAAGCUGGUUCGCCGUAUGAGGCUUUAAAAAGCAGGCGCGUAACACAGAGCAGUUAUUUUUCUACUCGAACGGAAGGGGCAAGCAGAGAUAGGAACGCAUUUCAGCAAUGGCAAAGAACCAAGCAGACGGCUCGUAAAUCCACCGGUGGUAAAGCCCCGAGAAAGCAAAGGCUCGCUACUAAAGCCGCCCGGAAGCAGCGCCCCAGCCACCGGCCGGCGUCAAAGAAGCCCCAUCGUUACAGGCCCGGGACCGUGGCUUCUCCGAGAGAUCCGCCGCUAUUAUCAGAAAGUCCCACCGAGCUGCUGAUCCGCAAAACUGCCUUUCCAGCGUCUGGUGAGCGAGAGAUCGCUCAGGAUUUCAAGACGGACCUGCGCUUCCAAAGGCUGAGCUCCGCCCGCCGUCAUGGCCCUGCAGGAGAGUCCAGCGAGGCCUAUCUGGUCGGUCUGUUCGAGGACACCAACCUGUGCGCCAUCCACGCCAAGAGAGUCACCAUCAUGCCCAAAGACAUCCAGCUUGGGCGCCCCGCCGCAGCCCGUCCGCGACCCAUGAAAGGGGGGCGCGGCUUAAACCCCCCGCCGCUGCAUCAGCCGCAUUAA